AUGAGAAUCGACCAGGAAGUCGGCCAUGCCCCCCGGCCGACGUUGGAUGAGAAAGACGCGUCGGAUACCGGGUCGAGGGCCCGUCGUCAUGCUGGCCCAAAACAUGGCGGCAUCCUGGCGAGGCUGCGCGACGUAGAGGCUCGCAUGGAUGCAAGACUCGGAGUUGAAUCAGAUGCGAUAGAACGCAAGCGUGCAGAUGAAAAGGCGCCCGUCUCAUGGACGGAAGAGCUCACAAUGGCGCUUCUCUGGGCCAGCGGGACAAUGAACACGUCUUGCUUCGCCACCGGCUUUCUCGGCUGGGGUUUCGGCCUCAGCUUGCAGCAGGCCAUCGUCAUCACCGUGUUUGCCUCGCUGCUGGGCGGGGGCGUCACCGGCUAUUGCGCUACCUUUGGCCCUGCCACCGGGUUGCGCCAGAUGAGCGUCAGCAGAUAUAGCUUCGGGUGGUGGCCCAGCAAGGCCAUCGCCCUCUUGAACUGCGCACAGCAGAUGGGUUGGGCGGCCGUUUCCUGCAUCACGGGCGGACUUGCAUUGACAGCAGUCUCCGAUGGCCACGUCUCCCUCAUCCUGGGCAUUGUCAUCCUGGCGGUCGGGGCACUGCUCAUCUCCUUGGUCGGCCUGAACGCGAUACUGGCAUACGAACGAUACGCCUGGAUUAUAUUCCUCGUCAUAUUCCUCAUCAUCUUUGGCGAGACGGGCAGGUACGCCGACAGCACCGCCCCGGCUUCCGUCACUGGCGCCAGCCUCGGCGGCGCGGUCCUCAGCCUGAUUGCCGUCGUGUACGGCUCGAGCGCCGCCUGGUGCACCACCGCUAGCGACUACUACGUUCACUACCGAGCCGACGUCGGCAAGGUCAAGGUGUUUCUCAUGACCACCUUUGGCAUUGCCAUCCCCACUUCCGUCAGCAUGGUUGCCGGGUGUGUCGCGGCAUCGGCCCUGAGCAACCAGCCGGCGUGGCGCGCAACGUACAACAACGACGGGCUUGGCUACCUCAUCCAGGACAUGCUCCAUCCGCGGGGGUUUGCCAAGUUCCUUCUCACGCUGUUGGUUCUCUCCGGCGUCAACACCAACGUCAUUAGCAUGUAUAGCGCGUCCCUUUCCUUCCAGCAACUCGCUCGGCCGCUGGCUCUGGUUCCCCGGUUCGUCUGGACCCUGGCGACAUUUGCGAGCAUCUUGGCGCUGGCGGUCGGAGGCCGAGAGCAGCUCAACACGUACCUGCAAAACUUCCUCAGCCUCCUGGGGUACUGGUGCACCAGCUACGGCGUGAUCCUGUUCGAGGAACACUACGUAUUCCGCGGGGGGUCAUUCGAAAACUAUGACUUGGAUGGUUGGAACGACCCGGCGAGGUUGCCGCUAGGCCUCGGAGCGGCAGUGGCGUUCGUUCUAGGCGCGGCAUCGUGGUGCAUGGGCAUGAACCAGACAUGGCUGGCGGCGCCCCUGGCCAGAGUCGUGGGCGACAAGGGCGGCGACGUGGCCAACGAGCUGGCAUUUGUCGUCACGGCGUUGGGAUACGUGCCGGCGAGAUACCUAGAGCGGAAGUAUAUCGGCCGCUGA